AAAAGCGCGGCGUCCCAACAACGUACACACUACACCCGGUUUAUACAGACAGACGCGCAGGUAUUCAGAGCACGUACAUUCACCGCGGACCAUCAAAUUGUUUUACUUUUGUUUUACCCACUCGCCAGCCAACUGUCCCCGAUAAUACUGUCGUAUUGCUGUUAUUGUACGACCGUUUUAAUUUUUUUUUCUUCCACUUUUUUGAUAUAAUAUUAUUAUUUACACGCACCGGGUCCUUUUUUUCGCCCUCCCGAUUUUUCAUUUUCGUAUUGUUCAAGACUCACUACCGCACCACGCAAGUAAAAGAAAAUGGAAAGCCGGUCAAGGAACUACUCGUACGCGGUACUGGUACUCGUCGCGUUCGCGCUCGGCAACUUAGCGACGGCCUCGGCAUCGGAUCCGGAACCGACCACCACAGUGAUCCCGGUCACCAACGGGAAUACGUCUCUGCCGGCCGUUCCGACUGUCGUCGUAACUUCCCCGCAAGCAAAUUCCGAAAACGUCAAGACGUCGCCGGUCACCAACAACGACACGGUCAGUACGAAAUUAUUUUCCAUCCGUUAUUGUACUCGUUCCGAACGAACCGCGUAAUAUUUUAUUAUCAUUGUAGUAGGUAUUGUUCGUCAAUAUAUUAUUCUUUUGUUUGCGUCGUCCCGUAUCGAUAGCGUCGUUAUUUUCGCGGUCGAACUUUCGAAAAUGUCAUAGGUAAUAACGUGAAAUACGGGUACUCCACCGACGAUAAUAAUAAUUAUUAAUUUAGUGGUUUAUUUGUGGAGCCGGGAAGUUUCGGUUCUCGGGAUUUGUGUUUUGUCUAGGUAAAUCGCGCGGCCGAUCGCACGCGGGCGUAAUAUCGCGUUCGUUUUUAGAACCGGGAAAAACACGGUUUAAAAAUAAUAUAAUGACGGUAAAAUCCGUUGUGCAAUAUUAUUUUCGAUCGAGUUCAACGACACGACGACGGUUUGUCCGGAGGGGUUUUAUUUUACUUUUUUUUUUGUCUUCUGUUUCCAUUCAAUCGCCUCGGGAUUGGUUCGACGGCACGAACCCGUCCGUCAAGCGGCCCGCGCUCUCGGUACUUUCUUUGUAAACGGUUUUUCCAGCGUGUCCCGGACUACCCAUUCGCCGUCGUCACCUAUCCCCGGUGGACCGGCUGCGAACGGCCCCGCCCUGCUGAAAGUCAGGUUUAACGGGAUCAGAAAAAAAAAAAAUAAAUAAAAAUACGUGACGAUUCUUUUGCAAUAAAACCCCGUUCGGGAACCCUUUCGGUUUCGGUAAAAAAGAACUUCAAAAUCGAAACGUACAGUUUUCCAAACGCUAUUAAUUGUGUUUUUUCAUUAAGUAUAUUUUUUUUCAUACAAAUUUUCUAAUAUCGUAUAUUAAAAUAUAGCCGAUCGUAAUUCUAUAAUUGUUUCAAAACAAUAUUCCAGAUAAUUCUGUUGGGUUUUCUCGGCAAUAUUAUUGUUGUGUCGAUAACAAUCCCGGACUUUAGUUGUCCGUUUUCGUAAAAUCAAAGUCCGACGCGAUUACGAGUUGCAGACUCGCGGUAUCUCUGAAAAUAUUAAUUAAUAAUGCUUAAUCAACAAUAAUAAUAAUACCUAGUAUUUAAUAAUAUUUUUGUAUCGACACGGAUAAAACGAUUUAAGUGUCGGCGUCGGAGUAAAUGUGUUUUUUUUUUUUAUUUAUUAAUAAUUAACGAAGCGCAGUUCUCGUGGGAUUACAAUAAAUUUAUUUCAACAAUCGGUCGCCGAUAAUAUUAUAAUUUUUUUUUUUUUUUUUUGGGGGGCACAGCGAAAAAACAAAAAUCAUGUAAAACGAAUACUCGUUCGAUAACGUGUACACAUUGUAUUCGAGUACCAUUUAAAUAACCUAAAAUACGAUUCUAGAACGAAUUUCCGAACGGGUACGCCUAUACCAUAUUUAUUUGUUCCGAAUUUUCAAUAAGUUUUCCGAACGCGUGUUUAUUCAAAUGGAAAACGCAACUCGGUAAAUUAUUAUAAUAUUUACCGUGAACGCUUUUUAUGCAGUUUGUGUUUCAACAUAUAUUGUUCGGUGGGGAGGAGGGAGGGAACUGUUGGAAACUUUCGAAAAUGUCUAGUUAACAUUUUUUUUUUUUUCUGUCGUUAUAACUAUACAGUUAUAAUGUUACACGUACCAAAAAACCGAUAUUUUAUUUAAUUAACGAAAUAAUCUUGUUUGUAAAUACGAUACUCGCUAAUAAUAAGCGCCCUCGGAUAGUUCAUUUUUUUUUUUUUCCUUUUCCCGCGAUAACCAAACCUAACCGAGGGCCGUUAAAAUACUGAACGUAAAAUCGCGAUUGACAAAAACCCCGUAUGAACAAAACCCGAUUGCGGUCGCCGGUUAACGAUUAAUAAUUGGCAAACCCCCCCGAUUCGUUUGCGGAAAAUCACGACGUUCGAUAGGUCGCGGGGGGGUCGGUGGUGAGGGCCUGGUGAAAAAUGCGACUUGAAAACGUCCGUCGGACGACCCGAAAGCAUACGGACAUUGAUUUACCGAUCGUAAUGUUAAAAUAUUGGCGAAUUUCGCGCGGAAAAUAUAUUACGUUCCCCGACGAAGUUUCAAUUUCGUCAGAAUUUAGAACGUAAUUCCACGGCGUGUUCUUAUCGCGCGUGACCGUCGCCGAGACCGGUGACAACGUUGUAAAACGAACCGGGCGCGUCUGGGCGUUGGAGAUUUAAAGGGCAGUCCGAAAUUCCGAACGGCAAUGUUCGAAAAUAAUUAAUUCGCGUCGAUUAUUUAAUUACGGGUAUUUUUCGUUUAUCUUCGGUGUUUACGGACGUCCCAUUAUAUUCCUUCGAUAAACGUUGUCGUUUUAUAGAAGUCGUGUAGUUUAUAUCCCGCAAACGUGUUUCAACAACGGUCGAUUGACGAAACGAGAAACAAAAACGUAUUUAUAGAUGGGGGAUUUUCAAUUAAUUUCACGACUAUAACGGGAAAAAAAUAUUAACGAUAUGAAAAAAAAAAAAAAAAGACAUUUUCAUCGUUGAUUAUUGUCGGAACCCGCUGCGUACACCCCGGAAACUUUACGAGAGCACACAACACUUUAAUAAUAAUAAUAAUAAUAAUAAAAUAUGACGUGUCCGCAAACGUACGGUAUAGGUUCUUUAUUAACAACGACGACGAACACCAAUUAAAUUAACGCGAAGCUAAUAACAAAAGUUUUAACGGGUCGAGGGUUGAGGGAAAAAAAAAACAUUUUAAUUUAAUCCGAAAAGCCGUUCCGAAUCUCUUAUUCGACGUUGACCUUCACUCGCGGUCACAUUGAUGUCAACGAUAUCUAAAAAUGUUGACCAGUCCUAUGGUUAGGCGAACUACACCCUAUAAAAAUAGUGUCUACUACAGCGAUCCUGAAAUUAUUAACAGCCAUAGUACCUUGUUUUUACUAUUUUUUUUUUUAUUUUCAGUAAACGACUUUUAUUCCUAAUGUUCCAAUCGAAAAGGUUGUACAAGGAACUUGCUCGUAGAAUUUUCGAUCUAGACGGCUCGUUGGAGAGGUUAUUUUUUGAUGUAUUAUAAGCAUUAUAUGAGUAUAUAAAAACGGGAAGGGGUAGAAGUUUAAAAACCCCAAAAUGCGUAUCCUUGAUACUGAUGUUACGAUUGCACCCUCGGUUUCGUUCAGGGCGGGCGUCUGUCGUAGGGGUGUAUAAAGCUUUAAAAAAAAAAAACACCCUCCUCCGGCAACAACACUGCAAUUUUACAGAAAUGUUAAAUAAAAUAUGUUAUAUCUAUUAAAUAUAGGUCACAAAAUGUGUGUCUGAACAUAUUUUACCUAUACCAUUUAUAACAACGACCGUUGUUGGUUAAAAUAAUGUAAAUUUAAACCAUCUGCGGGUAAUCUCCAUGAAUAGAAACGCGACGUGAACGAUAAUUGUAUUAUCUUCUAAUGAUUUAUCCCGUGAUAACGACAGACACCGGAUAGGUUUCAGGAUUCGGUUUAAAAUGCCGAGAAAACAUUAUCUGUUAGCGACGCAUAUGCGGCUACGAAUUAUGGAAACGAAUAAAUAAUAUCGAAAACGAUUGAUGAUAAUAUGAUAUUACGCUAUUUCUUGUGUAUUAUAAUUAUAAUUUUUUAAUAUGUUUCCGUUAUAGUAUUAUUCUUUUAUAUAUUUUGUUUUACGUGUUGUUAAGGGCCGUCGGAGCAAAUGUUCUUAUUCCUGUAACAUUGUCAGAUUUUGAUAAUUUUUGUUCUUUUUAUUUAAAAGAAGAAAAUAUUUCACAGGUCGGAUUAAAGCCCGAUUUUCAAAAUUAUAAUUUAAGAUGAUAAAAUAUGAAUUUGAAUAACGCACAAUAUUUCUUAUUUUUCAAAUGUUUUUUUCUAGCACUGUUUAAAGUAAAAUUAAAAUUCGGGCUUAUCCGACCUGCAUACUAUUCUUUUCUUUUAAAUGAAAGAAAAAAAAAAAUAUGACGAAAUCCCACAAUUCUACAGAGCCUGAGAGUUUUUCCUGUAAAAACAUGUUUGUUCAUCUAAAUAAUAGUGCUUCAAUAAAUAGUCAUUGAAAUCGAUCACUGACUUAUGUGUGCGCGUGUGUUAAUAUCCUUAUCUGUGUGUGUGUGUCACCGGACAUUUGGUAUUGCGUGUUCCAAUUCGUAAUAAAAUUAAAAAUAACUUGUUUCUGACGAUGCGGCUUUGUACGUAGUACUUGUUUAUCAGUUAUAGCUAAAGACCGAAUUUAAUUGCAUUAAAAAUACGCAAAAAUGCGUAUUAAAAUUAUAUAAUUGCACCAAAAAGUACGUACAAAUUGCAUAAUAAAUUGCACUAAAAAUACAAAAGUUAUAUAAAAAAAAAAAUUAAAUAAAUGUUACUUUUUUAAAAAUAAAAUUAAUAAUUAAAUUCAUUUCUAAAUUAUUUUCAUUAGAAUUAAAUCUUCUAUUACUUAAAAUAUGUUUGUACAAAGAAAAACUACGUUCUACGUCUACACUAGUUAUUGGUGCAUAUUUAAAACAAUUUAACAAAGUAGGCGUUAUAUCUAAAUCAACAUUUGCUUUGCCUGACAUGACUUCACAGUAAGACUUUAAAGUUUUAUACCCUUCAUAUUUUUCAAUUACAUAUAUACAUUUUUCUAUAAUUUUUUUUUCGCCAUUAAUAUACCAGUAAUAUUUGUUAAAAUAUCUUCAAUUUUUCAAAAAAUAUUAAUGCUUUUUAGUAGUUCACUAUUAGAUUCUUCUAAAUUUUUAAGAUUCGUGGAUAACUCGGAUAAGUGUAAUUUUAUGAAUGCUAAACCAUAUUUGACUGCAUUAUUUUGUACUAGCUGUUUCAGCUUUUCCACACUUGUAGCAUCAUCUAUCUGUUAAACUUUCAAUCGCGUUUUUAAACUCUCAAAAAUUUAUUAGCAGUAUUUAACCAUGUUCCCUAUCCUGUAAUAAUAGGUUCGGUGGUAAAGGUAUACCCGGAAUUUCUUUUUUGUAUUUAUUUAUUCUCGAUGGUGCUUUUAGGAAAGUUUUUUUUCUUGAAAUAAACGAAAUAAGUCACAUGUGUAUUUACAUUUUAAAUAGGUACUUAAUAUAUUACCAUUGUUAAUCAAUUUAUUAAUGUCUGGACACAAUUCUCGAAUUUUCUCUAGAACUCUUUUAACUGCGUGCACCAUACAUGUAAUAUGAGUUUAUUUCGGGAAAAAUAUUAUUAAUUAUUUUUGCUAGGCUUUGAUCAUAUAAGUACCAACAUCACUAAUAAAAAGUAAUACUUUUUGUUCAAUACCAAGAAAUAUUUUUAACGAGGAAUUAAUAAAUUUGCAAUAACCAAAUUUAAACGAAAAUAGUAUAUUUUAUUAUAUGAAAAAUUAAAAAAAUUAUUUAUACAAAUCUUUUGAAUCGGUUAUUUCGUCAACAAUUAUGUAAACGUAAUUAUUUACAAUAUCACUAAUUAUUUGGUCCAUUUUACUUUUAUAGAUAUUUGGUAUGUAAUUUUUUUUAAAACUGCUUUCGUCCGGAAUUGAUUUGUCAGUAUGUUUUUCCAAAAAUGAUUUUAACACAUGAUUGUCCAGUUUAUGUAAUAGGAUAUUUGCGGCAACAAAUGCAUUACCCAAAUCUUCAAAAAAUACGUUUUUACUAUUCGAAUUUUGAAAAGUAAUCAAAAGUUGUUUUUUUUCUUUAUUCCUUUGUAAUGCAUUUAUGUGUUGAACUCUAAAAAAAAUAUACAUGUAUUUUUGAAAUGAUAUGUAGUAUAUUACGUGUAGUAUGAGUAUAUACAAAACUUACUUGUUUUGGAACGAUGAUCUAAUAGAUAUUUGUUUUCAGUAGGCUCAGAUUUGAUACAUACCAAACAAUAUUUAACCUUUCCGUUUGAUGAAAAUACUGUUUUAUUUCCAUUGUAAGGAGCAAUCCAAUUCGAAAUUUUACUUUUUAAAGUUGAUUUUAUUUUAGGCAUUAUGUCGAAUACGUUCACUGUGCGGUCCAACUGAUCAAAGAAAUGGUACCAACAGGUAAACGCACACGAAUCGCUGUAUUACUACGUUGAAUUUGAUUACCACAAUAUAUAUAUAGACAUUUAUCGCUCGUUGGGCUGUCCAAACUUCUAGAAAAUUCCAGACGAACGAUAAACGCCUAUGAUUUUAAAACGUGGGAAAAAUAAUUAAAUGGGCACAAUAUUUUUAGUAUAUAUCAGCUAUAUAUUUAUUCAGAUAUGAUUUAUAAUUAUAACAAAAAAAGGUCACAAUAUCAAUUAAAUCCGGUCUUUAGUCAUAAUUGAUAUUUUAAUAACCAUCCUAUGAUAAUAUAAUUUUAUUGUAAUAUUAUAUUAUCAAUAUACAAAUAAAAUAUAAACUAAUAACGUAAUAUUCGUAAUUUAAUAUGACUAAUUACAAUAAUAACAAUAAAAUAAUAAUAGAAAAAAAAAUUGGCAUUUAUUUUAAAAUUUUAGGAUAUACAAUUUCCUGUAAUAAAUGACAAUUAUACAAUUCGACCAAUUGUGUUUUUUCCAUUUUAUCCUUCCAGAAGUCGUCAUCACGCAUUGUUAUUUCUACAAACAUAUCUGAAAACAAAAUUCAUAUAUAUUUAAAUGGUAACUUUGAAUUUAAAAAAUACAUGUAGUUUGUACUUUUCUGUCUGUACAUACAAAAUUUAUUUAGUUUUUGUUUAUGUGAAAAAAUAAGAAAAAUAUUUCGUUAUGAUAUAUUAUUGUUUAUUACCUGUUGGGAGGUCAGACUAUAGAAUAACACGAGCAUUUAUCAGCUAUUCUUGAUUAAUUCUGAACCUGAUACUAUGAUAAUAAUCAUGAUUUUUGUUCAACUGCAGAUCACCAUUACUAUUGAUAUUUAAAAAUUGUAUUUUUUAGUCACAACUCCUUAGUGAGGUAUUAUAUCUUUACUAUUAUGAGGUCAUUUUAUUUCAAUUAUUUCAUUUUCUCCCACUAGUCCGUUUGGAGAACCAGCUACAAAAUCGUACUGCUCCUCAACAAAUAAACCGGCUGGUAAAACUUAAACAUUGAAUAAAGAUUCAAAUGUUUCUUUAGCCAUUGGAUCAUAUUGUAUUCCGUAUCUAUUGGUAAACAGACAGAUAUAUACAUACAUAUAUAGAUAGAUAUAAUUGUAUAAGUGCAUCGUAAUCUUGUACAGUGGAUAAACUAUACAACUAUGUAAUAUUCUUACGUCAUUUGUGGAGUCCUUGAUGUAAAAUCGCCUGCGUACAAUAUAUACUUGACAGUAUUAGUGCGCGCGGAAUAUUUUUUCUGUGUUUACAUACUAUACCGAAGUUUGAAGCAGUCGACCGAUGUUUUCGUUCAGUACGCCAAGUAUCAAAUUCAGUCGGAGUAUCGUUAAUUAUUUACUGCGUACCAUUUGACAUUGAACAAAUCGUUCGUGGAAAGCAAGAGACGAUGCGUCGUCAGUUGUGAUUUCCGGUUGAUAGUAAUAAUAAUAACAACACAAUAUCCGUAAUAGAAUUUCUAUGAAACCUUACGCGGGGCGGACCAUUGAUGUAUACGAUUCAUUAUAGACAUAUUAUGAUGCAUCACCGAUAACGCGCGGUGAAUAUUCUAAUUAUAGCUGAACAGCUCACUCACACCAGUAUCGAUUUACACACUCACGCAUACGCACAGCUCGCGGGCCGUCGAUACAACGUGCCAAAAAAUUACCUACGUUUUACUUACCCUUGAUUAGGGAGUAUUGCGUUUUAUUAGUUCAUUUGCCAUUACUGUGUAAACAAUGCCGUUCGAAUACUUGUGGAAGGAUUAUAUUUCAUUUAAUCUAGAACAAAUAUGAGAUUAUAACGCGUUGGAUAAACAAAAUUGAAAAAAAAAAAAUGAUCCAAUCUGAUUGAAUAAACAUUAUAGACCGGACAAGAACAUACACACAUACACACGUGUGUGUGUGUGUAUGCGUGUACACACACACACACACACACACACACUACGCUUUUGUAUCUUCCGUAUAGAUAUCAGAUCUAUUAUUAUACGUUAUCCCCGAUAAGACUCUUGUUGCCUCUGGAGUGUUAAAUUUUUUCCGAAAUUCGUUUCUUAGAAAAUUUAAACAACAAGCGCCUCUAAUAUUAAUGUAUUGUGCAUCGUCGUUAUUUUUGGUCGUUUUUAUUUUCGAGGGUGUAAUCGCUUUUGAUUUUCAAAUAGCAACCAAUAUUCUAAAGAUAUAAAUUAUAGGAAUAAAAUAAUCACAAAUUUUACCUUUCGGUUUUCGUAAUAUUUUAUAAAACUCAAUUAAAAAACCAACCGUGAUCAACAGAACUCCGUUAUUAGAGUCAAAUUCUUCUUACCCCGCCUAUUUUUUUGUUCUUAUGAAUAGGCAAUACAAAUAUUCUUUGGAAAACAAUGCAUAGCUAUAGUAAAACAAUACUUACCAUACUCAAAUAAGCUAGGCAAGGCAUUUUUUAGUCACUUUAAUAUAAAAACUAAUGAAGUUAGAAUAGAAGCCAUUUUCUAAAAGUACUAAAAUUCUAUCUUAGUGAAAAUAAGUAACGUAAGCUAAAAUAAAAAUUAUAAGUUAAAUAUCUUUUCAUAAUUUAAAAACCUGAAACUAAAUUAUUGGUAAUAAUAUGAUCAUUUGAAGUAUUAAUAUUAACUUAUUGCAAAUGUGGAAUAAUUUAUAAUCAUCGAUGUUAUACCUGCAUGUGCUGUCUGCAUCUUACAAUCACUCGACAUAGCAAAUAUUCGUUCAGCGGGGACAACUCUGUGCAGUACUAUAGUUAGUUUUAAUAUUACAGUGAAUUAUUCUAUCAUCACACAUAAAGUUAAGAACGUUAUAUGUAUCCUGUCGUCGUUUUUUAAAUAUUUUAAACGAGAUACGAGUAUUUUUAAAUUGUGAUGUUUCACACACUCAUAUUAUCUCGCUCGAAAUUUAAAACUACGUAAAAAAAAAAAUAAACGAAGACACGACAUAAUCAUAAUAAUGUUCUUAUUUUUAAUUUUGAUAAUAAGUCAAUUUAUUGUAAUAUUAAAACUAACGGCACACAUUCAAGCCUGCUGAACCCAAAUUUGCUAUGCUGUACGUUUAUAAGACGGAAACAGUACAUGCAGGUAUAACGUCUUCUUAAUAAAAGAAAAAAAUAAUAUAUUUAUACAGAGUGUAACAGGACAAUUUGAUAUUUUUCACGUCACUACUAUACAAUGUAAAAAUGUUGAAUAAUCCUGUUACACUCUGUAUAUUAUUAAAAUAUAAAAUAAUUAUUAAAUGUUAACAUCUCUAUUUACUUUGAUGACGGGAUAAUUAAAUAAAUACAUAAAAUAAAUAACAAUUAUCAUUUUAUAGAUUAAUUUUUAAAUAUAAAAAUUCCGUGUCACGAGGUUCAUUCGCGGUAAUCUACUAAACCGAUUUUUAUGAAAUUUUGUAAAUGUGUAAUGUUUGGUCCAAUUUGAGAGAUAGGGUAGUUUUUUCCCGAUAGGUAACCCUCCAUAUUUUUUAUUGCAAAUUUAAGGAUUUUUUAUAGGACAAAGAGUUAUUUAUAAGUUCCAUGUAUGGAUUGUAUAUUAUGUAUUAUAUAGUUUAAGCUAGUGCUACCAAUGUCCAGCAGUACCGUAUUUUCGGAGUUAAUUACUUUACCAACCAAGGUCGAUUAAUUCACCUUGGUACUAUAGGUCAUUUGUUAUCAGGUAACAGGUUAUCUAAUUUAUAAAAUCCAAUACCUAAUUCUAGUAUCUUAAUCCUUAUAUUUUAGAAUAAAUUGAGCUUGUCUCUGUUUACUAAUUAAUGUCUAUUGUAAACUCGUAUGGGUAAUUGUUUAGGUUAAAAUAUAGCGAAGGACCGAUUAUGAGUUUUACAAAAAGUAUGUUUUUUUUUUUUUUUAUAAAACACAUCUUCGAUUGUAAAUCAUUAAAUUUACUUUAAUUUGGCAGAAAAGAACUUAAAAAAGGUGGAUUUGCGUUCGGUGGUACUUUAUUUAACAUUUUUUUUGGUUAUUUAGUUAUUAUAUGAGACAAAUAGAUAACAAUUGAGAAAUUGUUGAUGAACCGAGCUCCACUCAGAAUCGUUUUUUUUUUUUUACUUGCAAUGAAAUUUUAAUUGUCAUUAAUACCAUAAGAAUUGAAAAAUACCGAUGAUGCCGGUAAUUACCGUUAAUAUCGAAAAUUCGGUGUAUUGUUUAUAACUGGUUAACUGUAAAUAGCGAAUACCGGGAAUUGACAAUUUCAAUACCGCUAGCCCUAGAAUCCGUGUGCUGUGCGGGUAUUUAUGGUAACACGUAUGAAAAAUGUAUAACACACUAGAACCAACCUCGGAGAGUCCAUUUUGACUAGAACACUUUGCAACCUAUUUUUUUUUUUCGUUCAAUAUACUGAUACGGGUAAAACAAAAUGGAAAUAAAGGUUGAAAGAAUUAAAAAUUUGCAUGGGCAACGCCCGGUGCAGGACAGCUAGUGUAAUACACAUAAAAAAUUGUUAACUUACAUUUUAAAACAAUUCUAACAUUAACAUAAACAUUUACAUUUACUAUUUUUUUCUUCUAUUUCUUGUGUAAUUACUAAUUACAAAAUAACUAGUUGCUUUAUGUUUUUAAUUCGUUAGAUUAGGUAAUUUCAUGCAUUGCAUCUAACUAGUUAAAACGUUAUUAUGAGUUAUAACCAAGUAGUUAAUGUAGAAAAUUAGUUUAAAAGUAACUUUCUAUAUUAACUUUAAAUUUCUAAUUAUUUGAUGUCCAGUUUUGAACUACAGUUAUCUAUACCUACUAUUAAUGAACAAAAAAAUUGAUGCAAUUUGUUCAUAUUCUGAAUGGUAAGGGUGGGGUUGAAAGUUUAAUUUCUUGUAUGGGAAAUACACCCUUGAUACCUACUAAUACCAUGCAUAAACAAUACUGUAUCAUCUUGGCUUCGUUUCGGGAGUCUGUAGGGGUGUACAAAGUUAAGAAAAACUCCAUCCUGCACCCCUCGGCCACAUAGUUAAAUUCAUAUUCAGAAAUUCAGUCUUACUAUUAAUUCACCUACAAAAAAACCAUUAUUAGGCGAGUGUUAGAGAUUAAAUAGUGAUCCUUGUGUGUGUGUUUUUUUUGCCAACAUUUUUUAUCUGAAUCCCGUUAUUUUUAAAUUAUUUUUUUUCUACGGAAUAUUCAUGAUGAUAUACUGCUUUGAUUAGAUAGUUUUUAUUUCCUAUACCUGUGUUUAAAAUAUGUACGAUGAUUUUUAGGGUUUAUGAUAAAUUAUUAUUGUGACAAUGUUUCAGUAUAUUUUUCGAUCAAUCAUAUUCUGUCGUAAAUUUAAAAUUAAAAAAAAAACAUAUUUACCUUCAUAAAAGUUUAUAGAUCAUUGUGACCUUUAUGUAUCGAAUAAUUUCAAAUAAAUAAUCGCAGUAUUAUUGUAAUUAUUUGUAAAUUAACAUGUGUAACGAAUAUAAUAUAAUAACUGACAGUAUUAAUGUUUUUAUCUCGGUGAAAUGCAAUACUCAAAUAAUUGAAAUAUUUUAUUUUAGUCAAAUGAUUGAAAUAUUUAUUUUAGUUUUUAUCGUACGCGCUACUGCGUAGUUAUUUAAAUAAUAAUCUUUAUGGUUAUAAUUUCCCUUAAUUUCUUUUAGUAAACACAUUUGCAUGGCGUGUAUGUUCACUGCAGCAGUUAUAUAAACGUGCACCACCGCAGACUUCUAUUUUCAAUAAUAUUAUGACGCGCGCGGUUCAAACGAAUGGUCACAUUUUUUUCUGGUUUUUUAAUCUCCCACUUUUUACAUAUUUAUUCUGGUAAUUAUCGGGAAAAAUUAUUAUAGGUAUAGUCAGCGAUUGACGAAACAUCGUCUUAACAAUUAUUAUUCCAAUUGCACGUUGUUAUUAUUUUUGAAUAACAGUAUAUAGAUCACUAUUAUUGUAUUUGUAUUUUUCGUGGUUCUUUUUAUCUACGUAACUUUUUUCAAUCGCGUAUCUACUUGUUCAUUUAGACUCAUGGCGUGUCCGGCGCACCGAACUGGUGUUUUAGGACGCCAGUAAAAUAAAUUAGCGUAAUUUUUAUAAUAUAAUUCAACAGCUUAAGCGACGCGUUCAGAAAAAUAAAUUGUAAAAAAUAAUCACCUCUUCGGUAAUUUAAUAAUAUAUAACUAAUGUGUAUUAUGUUUGUACGCAUGUCAGUUAUCCGCUAAUAGAAAUAAUACGUUUAGGUUCGCUUAUCCGCUUUAGUCGAUGAUUCACUAAAAUGCAAAUACAAUGUAACCUAACCAUGUUUUACACACCUGUUGUUUACACUGUUGGGCAGACUCGCGUUUUUCACAAUUCCUAAUGCGUGGACUUAAAACGCCGUAUCACGAAAAAAAAAACCAAAAACUAAGUUCUUAACGAAUUUUGGCUGGUAUAUAAUUCAGAAGUUUCGAUUGAAAACACGAAUUAAUAGUUAUAAACGGAAUCCGUGUAUAAGUACACGUGAAUUUACUAUCACGUGUUUUAGCAUUAUUCGCUUGCGAACGCUCAGUGAAAAUACGUGAAAAAGACCGUGGAUAGAAGUACACGUGUACAAGAAAUUAUAGAUUCUAAUGUUGAUUUCACGUGAAUACCUACGUAAAAGCGCGUACACGUGAAAUAGGGAGCUCUUUUAAUAAAUAAUUCUAUUAAUAUAAAACAUUUUUAGUAAUUUGUGUUAUAGGUGUAUAUAAUAGUAAUGAUGGAUGUUGUAGGUAAGUACGACAAUAUUUGAUUUGUCGUGUAUCCCGUAAAGAAUAGCUUAAGAAAUUUGAAAAGUACCUAAGAACCUAACUGAUUCCUAUAGCUGUUGGUAUAUUAUCAUAGGGUCUACGUGCUGUUUAUCAGCUGACGUGUUUGGUCCUGUAAAAGAUAUUUGUAUAAGGACAGUAAAUAAGAUAACGAAAUCGCGUUUUGUUUAGAUUUACAAAAACGGAACGGUUGUAGGUUGUUAUGAAAUAUAAUUUUUUUUUUUUUUUUUUAGAUAACAUAAUAUAGGUAGGUACGAUUGUUGCUUGUUUCUAAAUAAAUACCAACUAUAAAUAAAAAGUAAAUAAACUAUAAAUUAUAAUUAUUAUAUUUUUAUAUUUUGUCCAUUGAAUAAAAUUGCAUGUAUUAUUAUAUAUUAUUUAAAUUUAUGUUGUUAACAAGUUUUUUUUUUUAAUGUAAUGUAUAUUUUAUAAAAAAUUAAAUUAUACAUGUGGUUAUCCGUAUAUAUAUAUAAUAUAAGUACUCAGGCUGUUAAAUAUAGAUGGACGGUCAAUAAUCCAUCGAUUUUCAUAGAUAAACGAGUAGAUUAGACAGAGAAUAUUGAAAAAAUGUGGGUGGUCAUCGUUUCCGACAAAAAACUUGAUUUUUGUUUCGGCCAAUAAUCGUUAAAAUGUUUUUAAUAUAACUAUUGUGUGUUCAUAUUGAUUUCAAAAUUAAUUUUGAGCUGCAUUAGAUCGGGAUAAAAAAAAAGAAAUUCGGUUAGGUUACUUGAUCUGAUUUUUACUCAAGAUUGGCGGUUCCAGGCAGAGGGGCUGUGUUUACGUAGUCACUCGAAAAAGUAAAAAAAAAAAUUGGAGGGAAGUGCAAGAUUGUGUAUGUGUACAAUAUGGAAAAUAUUUUCGCUUCCUCCCCCUGGACCUUUUAAGAACCGCCCCUGUAAUAUACUUAUAUUACGUCGUGAGCAUAAUAAGAUAAUAUACGUAUAAUUUAUACUGCAACUUUAUACGUUUAUUUCCAUUGCAAACUGCGUCGUAUAACUAUAAUAAUUAAUUAAUUACACUUAUAAAUACUAUACCAAAUAGUAAAUUAAUAGGUGGCACCGGUAUUAAUUACCUACAGGAUAUUUUGAUCGUGGAAAUUAAUCAUUAUUCUCAUUGUGUGAACUUUUUUUUAAUGUUCCCGUAUUGUUCUCAUGUAAUUACUAUUGCUAGCUCAUACACGUAAUUAGUUCUAUUUCGUUGUACAAUGUCGUAAAGAAUUGCAAAUAUGAACAUAUUAUAAUAUAGUUAAAGGUAUUUAUAUGUAAAAGAUAAAAUCGUAUAUUUUAGUAAUUUUUUUAAAAUUUAAUUUCAAUUAGAAAUAGCUUAAAGUCGCUUAACCUCAUAAAGUGUACCAAAUGUGAAUCAAUUACACAAUUAUUGUAUUAUUAAAAUACAUUUCGAAUAAAAUGCAAGUUAAAUGUUUACCAUGCUUAUUGCUUAUAUUGACUUGAUUUGCGUAUAGGUGAAAUUUUUAACAAUUGGUGGUCGAUUUUUGACCAAUUUCCCGUGGACUGAUCGACUACUAAAUUGUUUGAUCUAAUCUAUACCAUUUUUCCAUAUUUUUUUUCAACCUAUUCGUUUUUAGCUUUUAAAUUCCUCCACAGCAUCAGAAAACCCUAAUAAAAGUAGAUUUUUUUUCGACUCAUUUCUGUUGACAUUUUUAAAAUUAAAAUCACGAGCAUUUGUAAUCAUAAUUAAAUUGAAUAUAACAUAUUUCGACUUCAUGGAUAAUACACCGACAACAUUUUUAUUUUAUUUUCGAUAGCACGCCGACGUGUCAUUGUAUAUUGAGAACGAGUUCGUCAAUAUAAAAUUUAAAAUAAACGCAAAUGUAUGUGUACUGCAGGUGUUGAAGAACGAAACUAGUAGUUUUCAUACUUGUAAUAAUUAAUAUUUGACAAAAUACGUAUUCGGCGCAAUCAUUAUUAAUAUUUAUGCUUUAUAGUAAAACCUAAAACUAUACAUUUAUAAACGAUUGAUUACUUAUUUUAUAUUUUAAAGUCUGUACGUUACGGCCAUGUUUUGAAUAUUUUAUUUUAAACAACGAAAAGUUAAAUUAAAAUAACUAAUAUGAUUGAAUAGUGAAGAUAUCUAAAAUAAAGAAACGAAAUAAAAUUAACAGUUCUUAAAUAUUUUGGAUAAAGAAGUAACAUUUUUUUCAAUUAUUAUUUUGUUCUUGAAUAAUUACGAUAAAGUCCUUAUAAAAUGAACUAUUAUUAUAAUACGAUAUUUACAAAAAAUAAUGUUUUGAAAAAAAAAAAUGAUUUUUUUUCUUACGACCCUGUCCUUUUAAUAUAGGAAAAAAAUAUUUUAUAGUUUAAUUUAAUAGACUAAAACUAUGUGCUUAAUUCUUUUCAACUCGGUAGAUUGAAUGAUGUGACGCUCCUCUGCUCUUCUCCGUCCAUCUUGAAUUCCUUUCUAGGGGAAGGACUCCUGGAUUAUGUCCGCCAUAAUUUUUCGCUAAGACGAUAGUUAUCCGCGGAUCGUUCCGUAUUAUACGAUGUCCUAUCAGUUUCUUAUAAUUUUUUCCACGAUUGUCCGCCUAAUCUUUAUUCGGCACCCGUAUACGACCACAUUAACAAAUUAAAAAAUUUAAUUACGUUUUUAUGAAUCCAAAAAUUAUAAAUAAACCACGUCGUUUACAUCUAUAUUGUACUUGAGUAAUUUAUUGUAAAUCAAUUAGUCUUUUAUUUUCGGGCCACCAGUUAGUUCUUCCGUUAAUUGUGUAUACGUUUAAAAAAUAGAGACUAUACAUAAUAAAGGUUUGCAUACACAACACAAACUGUAAUAUAAGCAGGUAUACAUGUAGGUAUUGACCUAAAUCUUAAAAGUUUUCAUUUUACAAAUGGAAAUGUUUUUUUAAUAAUUCCGUAUACACAAACAUGGCAGUCGGUGCACCUAUAUAAAAUAAAACGCGUAAUCGAUAUAUUUUAUGUGCGUACAUAUAUUAUAAUAUUAUUAUUGUGUCGCCUGUCAGUUUAUGUGCGACGACAUUUGAAAUUUGUUGUACGCAAAAUGUGUUAUUUUUGUGCGCGGACAAUCGAUGGGCAUACCGUAUUUUUAUUGACGUACACGCGUAGUUAUAAACAUAAACUUGAACUCUAGAGGUUUUGUUUAUUACUUUAGUCGGUCAAUGGGUUAUACAUUUAUUAUAAGCAAUGAUGGGCAAACAACAAUCUUAUAUGAUCUACGCGUGACGUUCGUUAUAAUGAUCACGUUAUUAUUACUUGUUUAUAAUAGGUAUGUUUACCGAAAGGAAAGCUCUCAAUUUAUUUCGAACCUUUCGAUAGCCAAUACUCGUCAAUUUUCGACACGUGUACUCGUCUAAGCCAAAAUAACCUCUUAAAUAUUAUGUUUGAAUGCCUUUUUUUUUUUUUUGGUCAAGGUUAAGCUUCUUCAAGCGUUAUUAUUCUGUGAAUUUGUUAUUAUUUUUCAUACAAAAUGUUCGAACAUUUUGGUGUAGGACUUGUUAGGGUGGUAGAUACUCUUACUCGAGUGUAGGUAAAAAUAUUAUUUUAAUUUUUAAAACGUGAAUCCAAAAGAAUGUUAUUACAUCGGCUAUUCGGUUUAAGACUGCAACAACGUAAAAAAAAAAAAAAAAUUCGUGAGAGUGAUUUUAAAAUUCAACAAAUAUAAUUAGUCAACUAUAACAUGUGAAAUAAAUUAGUUGCACGAAUACAACUUUCGGUACUUAUACACAUAAUUUGUCAUUAUAUACUUAAUGUUUCCAUUAUUAUUAAUAGUAAGUGUAUCAAUAAAAUAUACGAAUUAAUUGCAAUUAGUAUUCGCUUUAGAACACAGACAAUGAUAAACCAAUAUAAUGGUAAUAAUAUUAAUUGUUGUACUAAAAUGAAAUAUGAGCUUUUUUAAUGUUUACAAUAAUUUAAUACAUUUUUUUUAUUGCGUUUUUGAAAUGGAAAAAAAUUGCAUUGUUCACUUAUUUUUGAUAACUUUAUUUUUUUCUACUUGUUUGAUUCUUGAACUGAAUAGUUGAAUUAUAUAUAAACGGAAACAUAAUAUUAAUUGUAUAAUGAACAAUAUCGAUAAUAGAAAAAAUUAUCGAAAAUAGACUGAGAUGGUUUGAGCAUGUCACGAGGAGAGGGAAAUCGGAAGUAGUAAGAAUUAAAAUGAAAAUAAACAUAGGAGGAGAGAGGAGAAGAGAAAAACCGAAAAAGAGGUAGUUAAAUGUGAUUGAGAAUGACAUAAAGACGACGGGUGAGAAUAUAUGCGAGGACUAUGUGGGGGAUCGGGCCAAUUGGAAGUUUAGGACAAGAGUAGUUUACCUUAAACAGUUGGUACGAAGGAGAAAAAAAAAGAAGAAUUAACGAUAUUUAUAUCAAAAAUUGAUAGUAAUAUUAUUAUUAUACGAUCGAACCCAGCAUUAAUAAAUUAUUUUUGAUAAUAUGUUUUUUGCGAAAAUGGCGCACUUGUGCUACAACACGGUAUGAAUAAAAUGUUUAGCACUCUCCUAAGUAAUGUUUCAGUUUGUUAAUAAACAUAAAUAGUGUUGACAAUGUGUGCGUUAAACAUACGUAUCAAAUUGUAUAACUUCUCUAGGGAAAAACAAUACAAAAACGUUUACAUUUUUGUCAUUUAAAUUGUUUGUAUAUUGUCGGUUAAUAAUUUGCAUUUCGUUCUGUGUCCAUAUCUAUACAUUGUUAUUAUAUUACCUAUAAUAUAUUGUCAUUAAAAAAAAACUUUUGUAUUUUGCCAAUUGUUUUCACGUGUACGAGUAUGACCAAUUUUUUAACGUCAUCGUAAUUAUUAUUGUGUCCAAAUUUAUCUCAGCUAGUGUUAUUUAGUGUUAUAUUUUCUAAUCAUUGUACUUAGCUCGUGUAGAGGUGAGAAUUUUUCGCGACAAUCAUCAGCAUAGUAAAUGUAUAACUUUUCCGAGUGUCCGUCGCGUUAUUACACCGUGUAGGACGAAAAUUUAAAUUUUCAUUUUCACCAUUUAUAAUUGAAGUUUAAGUAAAGAUUAAGCCUUUCUUAUUUUUUGUUGCACCAACACUAUUUGCUAGAAUAAUUUGUUUUAAGUAAUGCUUAAACUAAACUGGUUCAACUAUGGUUUAUUUGCCUUUUUUAACUGUGACUAUUUAAGUAUUGCUUAAAAUAUUGAUUACAGUUUACGAUUUAUAAUCGAUGAUGCCACACAAUCAUGAACUUAUCUUAGUUUAAGGAUAACUUAACGUUAAGUGACGUUUAUAGCUAAGUCAAGUUAAUAUAUAUUGUAUAUAAUAUAUAAUGUAUAUAUCAUUACAAUAUGAAUUGGUGCAAAUGGAAAUAAGCGUAUUAUAGACACACAAACUAUACAUAUUUAUUUUCAGUACAAUUAUCAGCUUAAACUGAACAAUUUGAUUUUCCAAGUGUAUUAGAAACUAUAUUAGUUAUGUUUCAAUUUUUUCAUGUCAUUCCUAAAAAAAACUGUUCAUUUCGCCUGGUAUCACUUUAUUUUAACACAUUUUCUAGGUUUCGGGCAAUUUUUGUUAACAAACUUAAUAAACUAACAACAAAUUACGAUACGUUGGUUUCUGAGUUAUCUUCUAUUCUUCUUAGCUAUACAAAAGGGAAAAUCACGACCAAUACUAUGUACCCUUAUUAUAGUAUAUCAAGAAUCGUUUUUUGAUUGUAAUGAUUUACUAUUAAUAAAUCAUUUCAAUCAAAUUAUACGUAUCAUAGGCUGUGUAAAAAAUUAUUGUACGCCGUCAAAUUAUCUCAUAUUCAAUAAUAAUAUCUUCUAAAUUUUUUACGGAUAUCAUUAUUGGCGAGAGGUAUGUCCGGAAUUUUUUUAAAUAAUUUUUUCGACGACUUAAUUUUCAUACUGUAACUUAGAGUCGGUACCUAUUAUCUUAUUCAUGUAUGAAUAAUGUAUAUUUCGGUAUAGCAUGAUAAUAAUUAAUAUGUUGACAUGAAAAAUAAUAUAGGUACUCGCGACGCUCGACGGUUUGGUAUUGUGUGUAAAUAUUAUAAAUACCUAACGUGACCUUUAAAACUAUAAUAAAUUAUAGGUAAAAAUUAUUAUUUAUUUAGAAAAAUAAUUUUCAAAAAUACCUAAUUUGUAUUUGGUCGUCGACUAAAGACAAAUGCAGAGGUAGGGGCAAUAUGAGCAUUCCCCCCCCCCUAUUUAAGCACCGUAAUAUAGUAUAGGUUUUUUUAAAUUUUUUUUAUAGUAAAGUAUAUCAUACCGAGUUUCAUCGUGUUUUGACUUCCCCCCCUUUUUAAAUUAAGAUAUAGAUCCACCAUCACUGGUCCCGACAUUUUGUAUUAUUUUCGGGUUCGAUUCUAAUUUUCGCGUGAGACCGUCUUCAAUAAAAUUAUUGUGCGAAUACUUAAACAUUUAAGUAGAGGUAUUCGAAUCGAAAAACCACGAGUCGAUUCGUUCGUUCGUUGGUUUUUUUUAAUCUUUCUCGCUCUCUCUCUCUUUUUCUCUAUAGGCUCGACACCGCAGCAGUGUAGUUGUUGUCGGUCUCGUUGUCGUUGUCACCCGCCGAACACGAUCCUCCGGAAGGGGGAGGGGGAGGGGGAAGGAGACCUAAUAGUAUCAUUUUACUAUCCGAACGUAAUAUUAUAAACUAUCAUAUAGUAAGUGGGCGGGUUUUGAAUGUACGUAUAAAAUUCCGAAAUGUCGUAAACGAGGAGUGCCGCGCCGGUUAUACAUUAUACAACCGGCGCGUAAUAUUGUAAUAUUACAAAAUACAUUAUCAUUCGCCGCCGGUUCACCGGAGUGUAUAACCGCACUAAUAACCAGUAACCGGAGUAUCUCCUCGGAGUGUGUGCUUUCGAUCGUUAAAUCCCCGUGCACGCGGCUCGUCCCGAGAUCACCGUAGUCGUCUUAAUAAUAUAUUUUAUUAUAAUAUCGAAGACUGCGGUGAUAUCGGCGGGGGAUAAUGGGCCGAGAGCGGCGGAUACGAGUAAUGUCUACAAACGACGACGACGACUACGGUACCUUCUUCUCCAAGGUUGCCCGGAGUCUUUAGAAUAUUAUUUCGUAAAGUUAUACGUCGCGUGUACACACGAAAUAACGUGUGUAAUAUUAUUUUUAUAAUCACGGUUUCGUUUCGUCGUUACCGUCUUUUAAUCGGCGCAGUGACCUCACUUCUGAAAUAAAAGAGGAACGGAAAAGAGUUUAGAGAAAAUGAGUGAAAUCUUCAAUUUUAUAAUUUACCGUACAUUAUACUAUUUCAUAGACAUUAUAUUUUAGUAUUCCAUAUUGAUCACAUCAUAUUAUCAUAUAUCCAAAUCAAAUUAUGUAUUGGUAUUAAUAUUAAAAAAAAAAAUUCCUUUUAUAUAGUAUAGAAACGGGAACGAAUUCCUUUUCAAACGGAAUUUUCCUAAUACGGCUUUUUUUUUUUUUCAAACAAAAAUCCUACACGGGAUUAAUAGUUUAUUUUGUUUUGUGAAUUUAUAGUAUAUACACAGAAAGUAUGUAUAAAAUAAUAUAAUAUUACUAUCAUCAUUAGUGUGCAUUGGUUUGUGAUUAUGUCAUCGUAUUAUCUCAAAAGAGGUCGGAAAAAACGACCUGAUUUUUAACUUGCGUGUCAACCGUUCGACAAUGUACAAAAAGCAAAAACAAAAUCCUUUAUAAUAAACGUUUUGUUUUUUACCCCGCAAAAUAAAUAAUAUUAUUACAUUAAUAAUUGAUUGUUUUGACAAUAAUAUUAUUAUUAAUAUUAUAUGAUGACAUGUUACAUUUUACCGAACGUUGUUUUUUGUUUACUUGUUGCCCGUGUAACCGUCGUGUCUGUUUUAUUUUCGAUUUAUUGUAAUCACAUUAAACGUGGGAUAGUAAAACAAAAAAUUUAAAAAAAAAUUAAGCUCGACAUUCGACAUUAUUCUUCUGCAGGCGAUAAUAAUAUUAUAAUAUACAUUCUUCGUUAAUCAUAAUAAUAUAUUCAAUCGUUAAUCGUUGUUAUUAUCGUUUUUUUUUUUGUUAUAUAUUUUGUAUAAUAAUUUAUGUCACUAUCUUAUUUGUCUGAGUGACAUUUUUUUGAUAUUCAUAAUUAUUAUUGACGAGACUAAUCCGCAAUGUUAUUAUUAUAUAAACGCUUGUUAAAAUUGUUUACAAUUCGGAGUAUAAUAUAAUAAAAAUAGAUAGCAUUAUAAUAUUUUGUCUGUCAUGAUGCUGUUUAAUCAAUUUUGGAUUAUAUAUUAUUCGAACCUUGCCACGUCACCAUGGGGAGGGCGUCACGAGUGUUGUUGAUGGUCAAGGGCCGAGCGGUGCAGAAUAUAUUAUAAUAUACAGAGAGGAAAAUAUAAAUCGAAUACAAAAAAUAAUCACGAGACGGCUUGUUCACGCACUGAAUUAAUGAUAAAAUAUUAUAUAUUAUGAUAAUUAAAAAAUAUAAUGAAAAUAUUUCUAAACGCUCGUUGGUCUGCGCGACGGUUUUUCACUAUAGACUAUGAGCUCGUCUGAUAUUAUAAAAAAAAAAAAAACUAUCAAAUUAGCAUAUUACACUAUAGUACCCGUCGUGCUAUCGAAACAGUGAGAUUUUCGAAGUCGUACAUUUUUAACUUUAGCCGGCCAACUAUAAUACUAGUCGACUAUUUGAUUUACUGUAAUGCAUAUAGUUGAUAUGUCUGAACUAACAUCUUGUAAACCGAGUGUUUUCAACCUUUUGAGGUCUAUGCCCCCAUUUAUAUCAUUGUAUGAGGUCACGCCCCCCCUUCUUCCAUCGCUGCACUGUAAGAUUAAAGUAUAUUUAAUAUACCAUAUACCAUACAUAUACAAAAUAUACCUAUACAUGUACAAAAUUUUCACGUUCCGCGGUUUUUAAAAAUGUUCAAGCUCCCCGGGUUGUGAUAUCCCUCGGUGUAAACACUGUUAACGACUAUUAUAGACACCUAUAGGUAUUCCGUUUUAUUAAAAGGCCAGCUACUCUUAGUAUACCGUUCUUUAUACGAGAGCUACCUUUUAGUACCAUUAGCCCUCUCGGGGAAUUUCGUAGUAAAUAUCCAUUGCGUGUCCACUCGAUACCUCCAUUAAAAUAAAGUUCCUCGAACAGACAGACCAAAUUUUCCCUUUAACUUUUGGACCUUUCCAGGUUACCCCAUUUCGCACCUGUAAGAAUAUAUAUCUUAUUAAAACCAUAAUAUUUCGUUAUAAUUCAGUUACUUACCAUUUUUUUUUCCAGCGGACGCGCAGUAAGCAAAAUCUUAAUCUACACAUGGGCGUCCAGUGGACUUUAUCGUCUUUCCAUUUAAACACGGAAAUACUUUAUUGAAAAAAAAAAAUAAAUAUCAUUACUAUAGUCGCUAGAAAAAAAGCAUCGUGUGAAUGGCCUCUAAGAAAACGCCGUCGUACAAACACAUGACAUAGCAAUUUCGCGCUAUAGGUUUUUUUUUUUAAAUAUUAUUAGAUUGAAUUGACUAGUUAUAUAUCAAACUUAAUAGUAAAUAAAAUAUUAAGUGUUUGUACGUUGGAUGUUUUUAUUCGAUAUUUAAAUUUUUUAACGAGAUAUAAGUUAUAAUGUGUGAAAUAUUACAAUUAAAAAAGAAAAAAAAUAACGCUUGUGUCUCGCUCAUAAAUUAAAACAUCGAAAAAACCGACCGACCGAAUGCUCUCGACUUAUUAAUAUAGUCGUGUCGGCUAUAUUAUAUCGUUCAUUUUCGACUUCAAUUGGUUCUGUUGAACGUGUAAAUUCGCUACGUUGUCGUCGUGCAUUUUUCAAAUGAAAACAAUACAAUAAUGACGAAUGUGUACAGUGACAUGUGUUGCUUUAUAUUGCGUGCCAUCGGGAACGUAAUAUUCACUUUUUAGGUAAACACCAAACGAGAUCGCAACAUUAUUUCCAUUCGUAGAUAAUAUUAAUUAAAAUCGUACGAAUUUACGGUUCUGUUCUUUAAAGUUAAAAUGUGCACGUAUACAUAAUAUAUGUAUAGAUUGUUUCGAGUCACGCGGAAGGUUCCCAUCGCAUUGGAUGAAUAUAAUUAUAGUAUAUAUAAUAUACUCUGUUUUCCCUCUAUGUAAUUAACGUCCAUUGUAUGCAUGGUUUUGAAUACGUUUGUUGUGUUUUAUUUUUUUUUUUUUCUACAUAUUUGUAUUAAACGAGAAACAUACGCACGCACACUGUCACCUUAUGAAUAUUAUUUGUGUUUUACACUAAUUUAAGUCAACGUACUCCGAAAAUGUAUACCCGUACUUUCGGAAUAAUGUAAAAUAUUAUGAUCUAGAAAAAAAAAAUAUAGACAUUUUGAUUUUGCAUAGUAUAUUUCAAACGAGUCUCGAGCGUUCUGUAUGUUUUAUAACGUAAUAAUGCUUAGUUCUUCGAAAAUAAAUCGUUUGAGCGUUUCAAUGACACUAUAACUAAAAAUUCGCCCCAGUAUAAUUUCGUAUACUUACCUAGUUUGAAACGUUGACGGUUUACUGCAUCCAAUACAUUUUGUUAAACAAAAUACUAUAAAUGCUAAGAACUGGUUUUAAGAAGAAAGUGCGAAGGAAUGAUACAUGAUGUAAAAUAAUUAAAUUUAUAUCUGUAUGCAACUAUAAAUCAAUAAUAAUUACGAAAAACGAUUCAGAGCAGAGUCGUAUUUUUUCCUUGUUGCCGAUAAGAUGAAUCGGAAAUCGGUAAAAAUUCUGUAAAAAAUUGUCGGUAUUUUCCCAUUUUUAUUAAGAAACUACAAUUUUUACUAUAAAGAGGAUCAAAAUUAUGACCUUUCCAAUGCACUAAUCAGAUCAAAUUCGCUACGAGAAAGUUGCUAUACGGUUUUUGAUGGAAAGUUUGUUCACAUAAAUGGAAUUAAAAAAAAAAAAACCGCAUUAAAACCAAUACAUGUAUCGCUUCGUUCUACGACUUUUUAACGUAAAACAUUGUACAGCGUACGUUUGGAAAAAUAAGAAUGGCUAUACUGAGAAAAUGACUGUUUCUCGAACACGAAUCGGCCGAGUUUUUUGAAAUUUGUUCGCUUUUUCGUCCUGUGAAUCGAGCGUCUUUUUUUUCGAUUACGAGUGUAAUCCGCUCGAUGAGGAUCUGAACCGUAUCCGAACCUAUCGUCGCGACACAAUUCCUUCUUCAACAUACAAUAUAACGGCUAAUUCGAAUGCCUAUGAAAUAUGACCACUCGAGCCAGUGUAGUAGUUGGAUGCACCGCGGUAAUGUGUGCAACACUUGAAGAGUUCAGAGAUACGACGUGUGUAAUAUAUUAUUAUAUUGUGUAUAAUAUUAUAAUAUAGUUAACGAUCAGGACCCGAAUGGACUUUGUUUGACGAUUUACGCGUGUUGUAAACACCAAUUUGUGAUUUAUCGUCGCAUACAUAUCAUGUCGGGUGUAGUUCGGUCGAAAAUUCCAAUACCGUAAAAUAUACAAGUCUCCAUACCUACUCGACCUUAUGCGUUUACACGUGAUAAAUUAAGUCGUAUAAAUUUCGCAUCUGGAUCGUAAAGUAUAGGCGGGCCUAAUAAAAAAUAAUCUAUGUAGCUUAAAUAAACAAAAAAUAAAAAUCUUAUAUGAUAACACCGUCGCUUUUCUAUUGUAAAAAAAAUUAAACCCCGUUUUUACGUUAUGAAAAAUGUUAAAUUUGAUUUUUUGGAAAUCGGAUAUCGGACGGACGCGUCUUAUCGUUGUUUCGGCAUUUCCCGUAUCGUUUUCUAACCUCAAUAAUACCCGCAUCGAAGGGAGCGCAGCUCUUUGGCGUGUCCCAUUAAAUUUGUAUACACAGAAACGUGUAGCGCGAUUAUCUCGAUACGCACGAGUAUAGAACAAAAAAAAAAAAAAUGCUAAAGCAAUUAUAAUAAUAUAUAAUCAUAUUAUUGUAUCGCGUCCGUGAGUAAAAUGUUAUUAUGACGAUAAAUUUAACAGUCAAAAUAAUAACAGAAAUACUAUCUGUUACGAUAAUAAUAAUAUUAUAUUGUUACUGCACGUGGUAAAUGUCACAAAAAAAAGAUAAGAGUUUUGGUUAUAUGGUUAGUGUUCGGGGUUCGGCGCGAUAGUGUAACGUAAUUAUUGUUUUUGUUAUUAGGUAUUUAUUAUCGCCUUCGAAACCCCAAUAUAAUCGUUUUAUUUAUUUAUUAUUGUUUUUUUUUUUUAUUUAUUAUUAUUGUAGUUAGGUAUAUCAAUAAAAUCGGUAUGGGUUAGGUAUACUGCCGAAAAAACGUUGCAAGUCACGCAUUCGAAAAUAUACAUAUUAUAAUAAUACAAACUGAAGUAUAGCUGUUGUUGUUCGGCCGGGGAAUUAUAAAUUGUUUUAAAUAAUUAAUAUUGUACAAUUUAAUGUGUCACUUAUAUUUUGAAAAUUUAUAUUAUAAUUGGCAUUGUUUUCAGAAACAAAUGUUAUUAUCACGUGCGUAUUAUCAAUUAUUCAAUUCGAAUAAUUCGAACAUACCCGAGUAAAAUGAAUCGGUAUUAAAAAAGAAUGCGGUUUGUUGGAAAACGAGUGUCGUGCAGUUUUACUGCGGUGGUUUAUGUUACACCUCCACCUCCUCCCCGUUUGUUAAUCGAGGCCGCCGGAAACCGUGGUCUAAUUGUCUUUUUUUGAUUUUUUUUUAAACGGGAUAGGUCACUUUUUGAUUCUCCGUACAACUUGAUACAAUUGGGUAGAACCGAGAAAAAAUGCAAACGAAAAUUUUUUUUUUUUUUUGACACUUGACGUUUUUACAGAAUACUUAUAAAUAGACCUAUUCUAGCCGUAGUGUAAAAUUUCAAAUUUUGGCGAUUUUUUUUUUUAUUUCGUUAAUUUUUCUCCAAUUUUGUUCGGUACGGGUAGCAAGAAGAAUAGGGCAGAAAAAGAAAAGAAGAAAAGGUAUAGGUACAUCAACUGUGCCGAUCGAUAAUCGAAUGUAAAUAAUUUGUCAAUAGCACCGAUCGUUAAUCCGUGUUGUAAUCUACCAUCUCUAAGAAUAAUUUUAUGUGCGAUUUAUCAUACGUACAUAGUUAGAAUUAAUUAUCUUUUGAGUAUAAUAAAUCCGCUGUGUCGUUUCGAGUAUUAUAAUAUAAUUGUCGUGAUUAAUGUGUUUUCUUGGAAGUAAUUUUAUAAUAACAUAAUUCAUUAGUAAUUUUUUUUUUUUUAAAAAAAAAAGCUGUGAAUGAAAACCAUUCAGCUCAACAAUUACACGUAGUAUACAAAAUUAAAUAAUAUGAUAUUUUCGUAUUAGACAAGUCAUAGCUCAACAACUACGGUACUUGAAAUAACAGAAAGAUAAAACAACGUAAAAAUAAAAAUGUUUAAGUCAUUAUCAUGCGAUUAAAUAUGCUUAAAUAUUUUAAGUUUUAAUACAAAAUAAUCAUAAUGAAUAACAGUGGUUUCACAAUCUAUUAAUAGAUACAUAAUGGUGGUCAGAUUAAUGAGGUAGAGAUAAUUGGGCUAUGGAAUUUGUUGUUUGUGCAGUGCGGCUACAAGGAGGGAAAUGAGGAGAUUUAUUAAUGCGGAAAGUUCUGAAAUACAUUUGGAAAAAGAACUACCGUUAAUAGCGUUAUUGGAUAAUUGGAUAAUAGAUGUAUGUAUGUAAUAAUAGAUAAUAGAUGUAAUAAUAAUAGAUUUUAAGCGAACGUGGUAAGGAACAAAUUAUAUUUACCUGCAUUAUUAUACAUUUUCUUAUUUUAAAUUAUACUGCAAAUAUUAUACUAGAAAUUAACAAAGAAAUAUAUAUAUAUAUACAUUUUCAAUUAUUAUUAAUAAUAUGUGUAGGGAUGACAAUCGAAUUUUGGCUUUCACGAAUUUACUAUUGAAUUCGGUUCCGUGCGCAGUUUUUUCAAAAAUACAUUGGUCACCGAAAUGUUAUUAUUUGUUUGUAUACACGAGUCUAGGUAUGCGGGCGUGUUUUCAAAUUCCGUGUGCACCAGUGGUGGAUCAGCCAAUAAUUUGCUGCCUAUAAAUAAACGGAAAUUUGCCGCACUUUCAUCGUCAUCAUACAGUUGUUUUUUUUUUCUAAACCAAAAAUAGCGUAACAACAAAUAUGUUGUUUAUUAUUUAAAAGUUCGUGAAAAGUAGCCUCGUAUAAAACAUGUUUUUUUAGUAUCCGUUACCUUAAGACGGCCAAUUUUCGAAAUGUAACGCAUUUAAACGUACACUAAGAAAUCUGUAUCUGUCCUAGCAAAUUUUCAAUGAAACCGAUACGGAUUUUUAAAAUUUUCGAAAAGUCUAUAAAAUCAUUGUCAUAAUAUAAGAUAUCGAAAAUAAAAACGAGACCCACUGUUUGUCGUCUCGAAAAUAUAUGAUUUAUUUCUUUUUAUUUUCUAUACGAGUGACACAUUUGUCGCCCGUCAAAAUGGUACCGCUCCAAUCGCCGCCUGCUUGUUCUGCUUGUAGGAAAACCCGACGACGCUGGUGUGUGCGCUUGUCGAUAACGAAAGACGAUCGAUGUUGUGUGAAAUUAAAAUAUUUCCGAACAUACGAAUCGUUGGAACUGUACAUUCGGAAGGGGGAGGGGUGGGGGAGUGAAAAUACUGCACGAUUUGGAGCGCUUUGAUGGUUUUGAUAGCCGAUUGAAUUUUUCGGGACCGAUUUUAUAUUUUACCAUUGUCGGAAGCCGAUUCAACGGUUGCCUAAAAUACAUAGUUUAUAAUUUUUUUUUUGCAUUCCGUUACUUAUUACAAUGCCCUAGAUAAUAAUAUUAUCCACAGGUAGAUUGGUAUCGUACAUAGGUGUUGUUUUGUUUGACGAUCGCGACGGCUGUAACAAACGUUUUUUUUUUUUUUUUCUAUAAAAACACUUGCGCCCCAUAUACAAUACACUGUAUACGGUAUGAGUUAAGUUUUUUUUGUUUUUUCUCUCUCUAUCUAUACCGAUACAAUAUUUAUUUGAGCAUCUGUCCGCGCAAAAUCAACGUGUUUACUGUUUACAUUCGUGCGGUACGACGAAAAAAAUACCCAUAACGCAACAACAAAAUAAUAUUGUACUGUAGGCGUUAUGACUGACGUAAGCACGUCUUUCCCCCCUCCCCCCUAAUAAUAAUAAUAAUUUCAACACAGUUUCGUUGUGUUAGCGUAGCUUUUUUCCAUCAAUUUUUCUACAACGGUUCAACGACAAUUUUCGACCGAACGAAUCGUAUCGGUACCUGUUUUUCAAUAUUUUACCCACUAGUCCGUCGCCGGUGGCUGGCGGUACCGUCGCAGUAAUAGUACCAGAUAGUAAAACAAAAAAAAAAAACAAAAAAACAGUAUGGUGUUCGUGUACGUUAUUUUUCCGCGAUAAUUUCGCAUGUGUAUAGGUAACAAAAAUACAUUAACGUAUCUUGUCAUACGUCUCAAUGUAACGAGAUGCCCGGCCCCCGACGCUCUUUUUUAAAGGCCGAAUUAAACUAGACCGUUAUUUUUUAUUUAAAUAUAUACCGUGUGUUAUAAUCGGAGUAUUCGAACAAUAAUAAUUUAUCAUACGGCGCGUAAUAAUGUCGUAUAGUAUUCCAUGGGGAAUUAUACGUGUGUGUGUGUGGUGUGUUGCUGGAAAACGGUUAUAUUAUAUUAUUAGGUACGGACAAAUGAUUAUUAUUUUUAUGAUAUUUCGAGUCCGAUAAAGACCGGUUUUUUUUUUUUUUUAUAUAUAUAUUUGUAUUUUAUAUUUUUUUCGGUUUUCGUUGACGCCGCUUUUUUACUGCGCGUGGGAAUGAAAAACUGUUAACCGUGCCCAACGAAAACGACGUAUUGUUACACGAGUAUUUAAUAAUAUUGUUGCUACACGUGCGGCUAUUUUUAUUUAUUUAUUUUUUUUAAGGAGUAAAACAGGCAAUAUACGCGCGUAACGUAUUUCGGGCCGUAAUCUAAAGACUUGAAAGUGAGGGGAACGAAGCUUUGUAAAAGCGUUAUCCGUCACGAUUAUAAUAUAUGCAUUAUUAUAAAUAUUAUUAUAUGUAUGCGUAAAUAUGUCUGAAGCCUAAUCAAUUCGUAUCGCGCUAAUAAUUGACUGUUCGCGAUCGUGUGUGUUUAUUAAUUAUUUUUACGAAGGAAAGAAAACGUAUCGGGGAAUGACACGAAACGUUAAUAAUUGCAGUCGCUCACUAUUUACAAAUCAUUUGUGUCGGUUCAUUUUGUACAAUAGUCGCACGUUAUAACGGCAAUUAGUUAUGUUUAAAUUGGUCUUUUACGUUUUUUACAAACGUGUCUAUAGUUUUUAUCUAACGGGGCCAAGCUACAAAGCCGAGCCGCCCUGGUCCCAUUUGACUUCGCGUCCGGAUUGUAGCGAUCUGAUUAGCCUAAAGGCGUACCGACCGAUGAAUGUGAAUCAAUAAUACGGCAUUAUUACGAUACUGUCAAAGAAAACAUUUAUUUUAUACGUGUAUAGUGAUACUAACUGGUACAAAAAAAGAAAUCCUUUUGUUCUUCUAAAACACGUCUUUGACUAACAUAUUUACACUGAUUCAGUAUACGCGUUCCAAGUGUCGUAAUUUCGUUAAAUUCCAGGAAAUAACAUUAUACUCGGCUUAAUUUUCGAUUUUUUUUUUUUUCAAUUUUUCGUUUGACAUCGGUCUGCUUUAAAAUAUACAUUCAUUAUUUAGCAAUAAGUUAAAAGAAAACCUUAUUGUCGCGAUUUCAUUAAAAAACUGAGUAUGGCUUUAGACAAUAAUAUUAAAAAAAAAAAAUUUAAAAACAUUCGAGAUUAAAGACAAACGGUUUUUAUGGGUAUUUUUCGCACUGGCACUUUUCCUAAUGGAAAUAUCGUCGGACGGCAAUAUUCGUUUUCGUCUUGUCGGCCGUUUUUGAUUUACCGCGUGUCAUUAAUAAUAAUGAGCGUUCCACUAUACUCAUAUACGGGGUGAUCGCAAACCGACGAUCUUCUACGAUUAUUUCGAGUAAAUUUGAUUUUGUGGGGCGGGGUUUCUUUUCGUCCAGUCGUUAUAAUAGAAAUCGUUAAAUGCGAUCUUGUAAAAAAUAUUAUCGACAUUUUGAAAAGGGUUUUCUAAACGCGGAUUUAAAAAAAAAUGUAUCGUCCCACGACUACUCUCCCGGGGGCCCCGAAUCAUGUAUAAAACUGUAAUGGCUAUAACGAUAAAAUCUCGAUAAUACAUAUCCGAUAUUAGCGUCGUGAAUAUAAUAUUUUUUUCAAACGACGUCUUUUCCGGACUUAAAACACCGCGCGUGUCUGAAAAUCUAAAGUCGAUACAUUGCGUCAAAUACGCAUUCAGGAUCAAUUUUCGGGAAAGGGUGUAGUUAAAACAUUUUUAACACGUCAACUUGUAUAGUUCUAGUAUUUAUUAUAUCAUAAGUAUAUACCUAUUUUAAAGAUGUCGGGAGGGGGGUUUGAACACCAACUCCCCCCACCACUAGCACUGUGUACGGGGGGGGGCUUGCAUUAAGCGUUUACGGAGAUACACACAUUAUGUGGCGUAGAGAGGCGAACGAAUAUUUCCAUUCAGCUCGCGUCGUUCAAACGGUUCUGUAUUCUCGCACGACGACUGUGGGAAAUUAAAAAAAAAAAAAAAACGAAAAAUCUUUGUUGUCGCAAUCGUCGCCGGGGUACGCGCGAUAAUCGCCCUGUAUAUAAUAAUUGAGCGCGUAAAUAAUAAUAAUAAUAAUAAUAAUAUACUCGCAUAUUAUUACAGUGCCCGCGUUGUAUUAUUAUUUCAGGACGUUCGGUGCGCGACAGCGACGGCGGUUGUUUCGAGUCCGGUCUCGCGCGAACAUAAUAGUAGUAUAUAUGUGCACGGUAUAGGGGUUCCGCGGCGGCCUCCGCAGGGGUUGCGAGCCUACGGGCGGCGACGUUGGCGGGGUACGAGUCCGUAAUCGGCGGGGGACGGGUGGGAGAGGGGCGGCGGGAUCGCGUUCGACGAGCGGAGGGACAGGGAGAGAUUUCGCACGCGAAUAAUAACAAAACGGUCCAGACGGCGUGCGGGACCCACGCUGCCCCGUCGGCGCGGCGGCUCUCCGCCGCGUCGCCCGCCGACCGGUCUGCCCCGCGGACGGGCCUACACGGAUACGCGUCUACUAGCCGCGCCGACGGGAAAAACGUGAAGGGGGGGGGCGGAAAAAAAAAUCACUCCCGGCCCAGACGACUCGUCCCUCCGCCGCCGCCACCGCCGUUAACCCUACAUAAUGCAUAAUAUUAUAUUAUAUACUUAUAUUAUUAUUAUUAUUAUUAUUAUUAUUAUAAUAUUGAAUUUCUAUUCGGUAAACGAACAAAACAACCCCGCCCGUUCCCGCGGCGCGGGGCCUUAUUGCCGUCAACCUAACCGGCGGCGGCGCGGCCCGGACAAUAUUCCGAAACGCGCCUACGUCGUACGUGCCGCGGCGCAGCAUUGCGCCUGUACCGCGCACGGGAGGCGCGCAGCCAACAUUUUCGUCGCGGGAACGCGCCAAAUUCGUCCGGUACACUUGUACCCGGGGGUAAACCGCCGUACACAAUAACGGACCCGUGAAAAAUUGUCAACAACGAACGGUCUGUAUUUUGCACCGGCGAAAAUCCGAUGCCGGUGCAUGCGAAACUGUAACGUGUACUUAUCGAUUUUCAGAUUCCGAGUGGAGCGAGAAACGUAUUGAUUUCAUUCAAUGAGUUUUUAUCGUGAGUUUUUCCGGUAAACGGGAAAAUGUACGAAAUGUAUUGCCUUCCCCCCCCCCCCUGUGAACAAUUUUGCUAGUUGCAGUUUUACUUCGAUUUUCAACGAUUGCCAUUUUUCUGAAAGGAAAUCUGACCGGGAUGUUACUUUUGAUUUUCCUCAGGAGUUGACAAUAUUAAAGAAAAUAUAUAAUGCAUACAUUCUGUAAUUAUUUUACCCUAAUAUAACAUAUAUUAUAUUGUUGACAAAGCAACACUAUUACACGAGCUACACUCAUAUUCGUUUUUCGUUAGCAAUGGUCAAUCGUUGUGUACAGAUAUAAAUGAAAUUUCAUCUCUACUUUGCUAACUUCUCUCCCUACAACAGCGGUCCACCCGCGCGCAAAGUAUGUCCGUCUUUUUUCGUUCUUGAAAUACUCGCUGUAUUUUAUAAUAAUAAUUCUGGGACCAAUCAAAAAGUAUCGAGACUGAUAAUAUUAUUCGGAAACCGAGCGUUGAAGAGCAAAAUGAUUGGUAACCCUGGCUUCUAUGUAUGACUUCUUCUGUAGCACAUCUAUUUUUGAUAUUAUAUAAACGCCUAUAAACGUGUUGGGCGAUUUAAUAUAAUGAAUUCAAAAGAAGAGAAACUUGCUGCCAUUCGGUGGCAUAAAGUUUUUCAAUUACAAUUUGUUGGUCAUUAAAUCAUGAAAUUCUCUGAAAUCUCCAAAAUUGUUGAGGGGCUUUUCUUUUGGAUUCAUUACAAUAUCGCCAAACUCGAAAAACAUUUUAUACAAAAAUAUCGGUGAAAUCAAACCGGAGUAGUUUAUAAAGAAUCUAUAAUAACAAAUGUGCUCAGAAACACACAUUGAAGUGAUACCAAUUCUACUGCUUUUCAAUGCUCGGUUUCGAUACUUUUUGAUUAGCCCUCGUAUAUGCAUUCCUAAUUCUAACCCCGUUACACCACCGCAUGCCCACAUUGACAUUCUCACUUCCGCUACUUCCGUUUUUUCAAUUAUUCAAUGCUCAAACGCUUGGUCUCAACAGAUUUACACAAUUUCUAUUUUAUUCUUUUGUUUCUAUUCUAUUAUGUCGGGCACGCAUUUUUAAAUCACACGAUGCUCUUGAUCUCGUUCCCUCCACACUUCAUCCAGACACGCCUAAUCGUACUAGUUCGUGCAGCACUCGAUAGCGGUGCUAUGCUCUAUACUCCCCACGCAAUUUGUCCGUUCUCUUGCACCAAUGAACCUCAUACAAACACUUGAACUUUUCGAUUUCUCGACCUAAAUUUACAAUAUGUAUAUAUUAUAUACAGGGUGAUUGAUUAAACACGCUCGCCUCAUUUUUUCGGUUAAAUUUUUAUUUUUAUAAUUUUUGAGUGUAAUUAAAGCCGAUGCAUUCGAAUAUUUAGAUUUUUCACAGCAUUUAAAGCAUAUCCUGUGGUGACACUUGCUUUGGUUUUUUUCUAUUUUAAUGUAGGAAAAAAUCUAAAUGUUCGAAAAUAUCGGCUUAAACUACACGAACAAAGUUCCAAAAAUCAGAAUUUGAACGUAUGCGAAGUACGAUAAAAAUGGGAUCAACACGCUUAAUGAAUCGUAUGCAUAUUCCAUGCAUACAUUUAAAAAAAUAAUUCAAUCUUAUCGAAAACUAUAUACAAAACAAACAUCUUUAUUGAAUUUUUUAGAUUUAGAGCGGAGCAAGAAGAAUGUAUUGGUUUUACAUAGAUGUGAACACUUUCUACUAGAAAGCUUACUCUGAUAUAUGUGAUAUAGAUCCUUUUCUGAUAGGAAAUUGUCUCACCUAACUAAGGGGGUGGUACUUUAAAGAAGUAAUUUUGGUUUUCCCAGCAGUUUUCCAAACACAUGGGAAAAACUGAAAAAAAACGAGAAAACGUUUAAAAUGUAGGUAUUAGUAAAAAAAAUAUUACGGCCCUUUAUUUUUCCUGUGAACAACUUCUCUACCAACAAUUUUGUUCCACUAUUCAAUGAUGGCGCUUUUUCUGAAAGGAAAUCUGACUGGGGAGUUACUUUAGGGAGGUCAUAUUUUGAUUUCCCCAGAAGUUUUCCCAAUAAACGGGAUAAAACGGGAAAAUAGGUACAAUAUUAUUAAAGAAAAUACAUAAUGCAAUUAUUUUACCAUAAUAUUGUCAUAUAUAUUGUUAACAAAGCAACACUUUCAAUCGAACUCCGUUCAGAAUCGUUUUUUCGUUAGCAACGGUUAAUCGUUGCUCACAGAUGUACAUUCAAUUACCUAUUACAGUCGCUACACCCGUCCCCAUUAUCCUAGGAUAGCUUUUUUGUUUGUUUUUGUGACCACCCUACGUAUUACCCCCCUCCUAUUCGGUUCGAUCCCACAAAUUAUUUUAUGAUAUUUAAUAGCGUACGAUUUAUUAACGUACCCCGGCGCGUACGCGUCCUAUACGCGCGGCGUCAUUAUUUUUCGACGAUUAUUUCAUUACCGCACGUGAAUACCUAUAGUAAGUAAUAUUAUAUAGAAGUUGUCGUACGUACUUACUUAUUAUUGUUGCAUUGCACAGUGUAGGUAUACAUGUAUAUACAUUAUUGUUGUUGUUAUUAUCGUCAUCUACGUUGCUAUAUUAUUAUCGUGAUGCGAUUACACUGCGGUAGGUAUCUCUGUACAGGACGCCGAUUUAUUAUAAUACGGAGGUAUUUUAGGUGAAAGACGACGACGCCGGUUCGAACUUUUCACUCGUAUAUUAUUACACUAGGUACCUAUGUAAUUAUUAUAUUAUUUCAACCAUAUACAUAAUAUUGUAAUGCGCGUUUGAUAAUAAUAUAUUAUUGUUGUUAUUAUUAUUAUUAGGUAGGUAUAUACUUGUCCGGAACGAAAUAUUAUAUAUAGGUCCGUUUCGUUAGAGACCCGACGACAUUUUCACAGGAUACUUAUAUUUGCAGGCCUUUUCUAUAAAACGGCGGCGGUACCUAAAACGUUCGAAUAGGCUCUCGGAGUUUUUAUGCGGUUUCCUGCGAAGGACUGUUCGAAAACUUAUCACCGGGUUCGUUAUAUUAAGUUGUACUUGACGGUUAAAAAAAAAUUAAAAUUUUUAUUCGAUGUAAGAAGCUGAUCCGUUUUUUUAUUUUUAUAACUGUUUUAAAGUUCAUGUUUGAAUGACACAAAUCACUGCGUUAGGCAUAUAAAUGUAUAAAUUAAAAAAACUUUUCGACUUCACGCUUGUUUACAAUGUCACGCCCGUCGGCCGUAUCGGCUAGUAUUUUUUCGUAAACGUGUAACUCAUCAGUUGGCGUUUUGAACGUUUCUCCUUGCAUUUUUGUUGGCCAGUACUCGAUUAUUAUUUCCAAAAACACCAUUACGUUAUAUCGUAAAACGUUCCUCGACAUCGGUUUGAGGUGGGAUCGCCCGUUCACCGUCCGAAAUAACAAGUCGGCGUCUGGUAGUUGUGGUAUCCGAACGAAUGACGACGGUAGAUAAUUAUCGUGUCUCUAUUAUCGUUAAACCGCAUUAAUUGAAAUGGAACCGUAACGACACGUGUGUAUAGUAUGUAAUGUGUAUAGUAUGUAUAGGCGCCUACUAUUAUUUAUUGAAAUAAUCGAUUGCACCGGAUUUUCGACUAUUUUAAUGGACUUGUCGCGCGUACAAACGAUUACGCGAUACACCUAUAAAUUAUAAUAACAUUAAAACGUUCGUGUAUUAAAAACAAAUCAUACUUGAUUCAUUUUUUUUUAUUAAAUUGUCUUUGGGGUGGGGGAAGGAAUGUCUAAAAAUGUACAUAUAUAAAGUAUAUACGAGUAUAAUAUACAAGCUAUAGGUAGGCAAUAAUAGGUACGGCUCACUACAUUCGAACGAUAAAAACGAUUGUUUAAAAAAAAAAAAAUGAUUUACGAGAUGAAUGUAUUAUUAUUGCCAUAAUUUUUUUUAUUUUUAUAUUAGACCGCGAAAUGUUUGAACAGUCCAGGUGCGUUGAACUUUGUGCAUUGUGAUGCGGAACAAUGAGAGAGAAAUAUGCCAUUUAAAAAAAAUAAUUCUAUGACCGCGGCUAGACACAGGGGACCGGGGAGCAAACAUUGAUGAUGUAAUCUAUACACUCUAUAGGUACCCAUAUAGUGAAUAUUGGAUUGCGUAUUUUAACCGAGACGACUUUUGCCCCGUUGGAUAUAUUUUAUUUAGCUUUCUAAAAAAAAAAAAUUCAAGCGUAUACAAUUUUGGCCCGUUCUUUGUUGCCGCUCCUAGAAUUGUUAUCGGAAGACGGACAUUUUCAAACUAAUCGUUGUAUUCGAAAAAGGAAUAUAAAAGUAAAAAGUCAUAAUAUUGUUUUUUUUAAUGCCCCGUUUAUAACUCGGUUUAUUUCCCCCUGAAUAAUUGUUCUGAUUACGGAACUGGUUUGGAAAAUAUCGAUGAGGCCCUAUGCAGUAAUUUUUGAGGGAUCUCUAUAAAUUUGGUUUUUAAUAAGCUUUUUUUUUUUACUUUUCACCUUCUAAUACCAAAGGUAGGUAAAUCUUUACAAUUUUUUUUAGUUCUUGUUAAUUUUAAUCUGUAUUUAACUAAUUAUGCGCAAUUACUACCUAACUAAUAUUGCGACUAGACGUUGGGGCCUCUAAAGCGCGAUGCUUUGUGCGUGUAACUACUUUCGAAAACCAAAACCCGAACCGUAUACAAUUUCGUAUAGAUAAACCCGAAAUUCGUAUUUUUUAAGUACAUACUUAACAAUUAGAAUAACGUUAAAACCGUCCCAUCUCUGUGAUUGUUAUCUACUUAUUUCCAUAGCCAUUUUUUUAACAUAACAUUGCGAAUCACCCUUGUAAAUUAUAAUAUACGCAGGUAAUAGAUAAUAUUAUCUUUAUUUUUCUGUAUAAAAUGUUUCCUAUAAUAUAGUACGGUAUAACAUUCAGUGUGGUAUAUUAACAACAAAAAAUGCAUACGAAAAUGAUUUAAUAUAUAUAUAUUAUAUUUUUAAAACCUAUUUUUUCGACAUAUUGUAUUCUUCAAAUAUUACCGCAGGUGAUUACCAUGUUUUCGUUACCUACCUAUCUACCUACCUAUAAAAAUACCGGCAGAAAUAAUUUCAUUUUCUCGAGUAUAGGUUACACAAUAGACGCGUGCAUUUUGCGCACUUGUUUUUUGUCGAUCAUUGUUUUACAAUAAUAAAGUUAGGUAUUGCUCGACGCCUGCUCGACAUCAUAAAAACAAGUAUAACAACUCGUAGACGUUUACGACGAACGAUGAUAGAAUUUUGGCGUCAAAUAAAAUAUAUAUAUACCUAUAUAUGAGUGGACAAUGUUCUUAACAGCUAGACGCGACUGCACGCAGUAGGCUGGGUGUAAAAAUAUAGACUCAUGCCGGGUUUUAAUACCUAUACCCUGGUUUCUGAUCUUAAUUUUAAUGGUAACAUUAUUAUUUUUUUCACCAAUAUUUAAGUUCCCGAAGUUUCUCAAAAAUUGCUCAAUGCAUAGGUGUUUAAUUAUUUAUAAAAAAAAAAACGAAGAAAAUCCAAUUAUUUAAAUAUUUGAUGCAAACAAAUACUUUGGUGUUUAGCUACGUUUAUUAUUAUGAUAUAACGAGCACCUAAAUAUUUUAUUUAGCAAACUGUGGUAAAAUCGAUUGAAUUUGUUUGAUUUGAUUAAUAAUAUUAUGACGAGUUUUUAGAGGAUCUGUUUUGUAAUAGUUUUCAUUGUUAGUGUACCUUAUUUAAACUAUUUCCCCCUGUUACUUAUUUAUUUGAGAAUAUGAAAAUAACAAAUUGUUUAUUUAUUUAUGUAUUUUUUUUUUUUUUUCAGACACUUUUACCAAUUGAUAUAUAUUACGAAGGCUUAUGCAAAGACUCUGUUAAUUUUAUGGAACAGCAGUUUUUACCAGUAUACAAUAAAUUAAGUGCUUAUGUGGAAGUCAAUUUCAUUCCUUUUUCUCAAGGACAGGUUAGUUAAGUUUGUUAAAAUCAUUGAAUUGUACUUAAAUACAUUUCGUUGAGAUUAUUGUCUGCUAAUUUUUAAAUUUUUAAAUUUUUAAAUUAGUUUAAUGAAACCACUGGAAACACUACAAUUCAUUGUAAACGUAAUGGAGAAUGUGAUGCUGAUAAAGUACAUGCUUGCGCUAUCAAAUAUAUCCAAAAAAAAGAUGAUUUGGUGAAAUUUAUUGUAUGCGCAUUAAACGAAGGAUACAAGAAUAAACCUAAUCCAAUAUCAGUAGACACGGUAUUUAUAUUUAUUUAAAUAAAAAGUUGAUUUAUAAUAUUAUUUGUCACGCAUAUACUAAUUGACAUUAAAUCACUAAACCUAAUAUAGAUGUAUGUAUAUUUUUUUUGUGUAUUUCAAGUUUCUAUUAGUUUUAAAAUCUGUUUUCCCUAAAAUUAGUGUUGAUUAUACAAAUUUCUUAUUGAAGACAUUGUGUCAAAGAAGAUUUAUAUUUGUAUCGCUGAUUUUUACAUCUCUUGAGCAAUAGUUAUUCAAAGUUCUACUUAACAAUAUUAUUUUGUUACCUACUUUCAACUACAAAUAAUAAAACCAUUUUUGAUAAUCCAAAUAUAACUAAUCAUGAUUACUAAUUAUUAUUAUAUCUUUCAAUUUUUUUUUUUAGUGUGGCAACCAAAGUGGCGUUAACGCUUCCAUUGUUGACUCGAUCAAAACAUGUGUCAGUAAUUAUACAGAAUAUUUACCACUAUUAAAAGAUGAUUACAACAAAGCUAUUACUGAACAUGUUACAACCGUACCCAGGAUUGUCUUCAACAAGGUAAUACUAAUUUUAUCAAAAUCAAAAAUACAUAAUGUACUUACAUAACCAAUUGUUUGUUAUGUGUUUUAUGCCCAACAUAGACAUAUACAAAUGAAACAGAAAAUUUGGCAGAGUCCCAUUUCCUCAAUGCUGUAUGUUCGGUGAUUAAAAACAAACCGGAGGCAUGCAAAGACAUCAACAGCGGAUCAGAGACUAUUGUUGCUGGUAUAUUGCCGAUACUCAUUAGCGUAUACUAUUUAAUAAGAAUGUUCUAAGUCCUAACUAAUUAUAUUAAUAUUAUAAUAUUUUAAGUUUCUAUUUUAAAUGAACUAUUCGUCCUAAAAACUGUUAAUUUUGUAUGUGUCAUAUAAUUUUUAAAAUUUACAUUAUUCAUUUAUCAUUUAUAGUAUUUAGCCCUUAUAUAAUAACGCAAUUACAGUUUUAUGUGUGAAUUAAUUUUUUCUUAGAACUUCUAUUCUUACAAUACUGGUUAGAUAUACCUAUGCAUAUACAUAUAUUAUAUAAAUAUAUAUAUUAGUACUUAAUUUUAAUAUAAUACAGUAGAAACAUAAUAAACACACAAUUUUUAGUGCGCUUUUCAUUAUCUAAAAGUAAUGUCACAAAAUCAAUAAUUUGAAUAUUUUUUUUUUUAAUCACAUUUUUUUUUUAAUAAUCAACUUAAUGCUAUUGAAGGGUAGACUAUCUUUAUAUACAAUUGAUGUUUCAAUUUUCAUAUUUUUAAGCAUACACUUGUAUAAGGAACCUAUAUUAUUAGUUAAAUAUUAUUCAUUUAUUAUAUUUUUAAUCUUGUGAAAUAUGAUUUUUUUUUUUUUUUAUUACGUGUACACAAAAAAUUUGAUAAUUAGAUACUGCGUAAGUAAUGCUAUACAAAUUUAAGUUAAAUUACAGGUGUCACCUUCUAUACUUAUGUAUAGAUAUCAAUAAUCGUUCAUAGUUUGUUAAUUAAUGACUUGAGCGCAAAAAUUUGAUUAUAUUCUUAUUAUUUGAAAUCAAUUUUACUGCUGCUAUAUAAUAUUAAAAUAGAUAACUCUAAAAAUUGUGUUAAUUUAUUAUUAUAAUUAAAAAAAUGUAAUUCAAUAACUAAUGCAAUUGCUUUUAACAAUAACAUUUGUAUUCAUGUCAAUUUUAAAUUUUUGCUAUAUUUUUGCCUUUCAAUAAAUUGUAAUAAAUAUUAGUCAAUAUAAUUUUGUUAUUUAUAAAUUACUCAUUUAUUUAUACCUACCUCAAACUAAUAUUAAAAUAUUUAUCUAACAAUUGAGGUAGAACAAUAAAUAAUUAAAAAUCUGUUGGAAAUGAGGAACCGGAAGCAGCCCAUCCUUAGUAUAAAAAUAUGUUCAAAAGUAUAUAUAAUAAUAUAGAAAUAAAAAAAAAAAACAAUCAAUUUUUAAAAACACUAUUUUUGGUAUGAAAAGUAGUAGCAGAUUAUAAUUAUUUAUUUAUUUCUGUAGGUAAAGAAAGUUUCUUGUGAUUUACCAUAAAUCUUGAAAACCAAACUUUGAUUGUUUUAUUAUUCCAUGCAAUAAUAUAAUAUUAUAAUUAUAUAUACAUUGAGUCGCAUAACUCAAUUUAAAAAAUACGGAUAUACUCAAAAAUGUGAAUAUAAGUUUUCUGUCCAAAUUUCAAGUUUACUACCAAUAUUUGUAACUAAAUCAUAACAAAAUUUGAAAAUAAUGCAUUUUGUAAAUUUUCCUGUUUUUCUCAUUUAUUAUGAAAAUUGCUUGUAAAAUCAAAAAAUGACCUCCCUGGAGUUCUACACAGAUAAAAUUUACUUUCAGAAAAGAUACUAUUAAUAGGAAAAUCGAAGCAAGAUUUCUGUUAGAAAAGUUCUUCAUAGAUAAAAAAAAUAAACAUCAUUAUAAAACAAAUACAAAAAAAAAUGUUUAUACAUUUUUGUUGGAUUCAUAAAAAAAUCUAGUACUGUAACAAGUAGUCAUUUUUUAAAUUUUAAAUAUUUUUAAUUAUCAUCUAAAUAUUUAUUAAUUUUACUAUUGCUAUUUAUUAUAUACAAUUUGUAAGCAUUUUUACCUCCCCAAAAUUUACUUUGUAAAAAUAAUAUUAAUUAUUGAUGAAUUGGUGUUUGGUUCAAUUUAAUGUUAAAUUUUAAAAUAGUUUAUUAGUAUUUGUCUAAUAAUAUAAUAUUAUUAAAAUAAUAAUAUGG